CGAGGUAUAAAACCGCCAUUUCCUUUUCAAUUUUACAUGAGCCUACAUUAAUAUCAAACUGCGAUCUUAUAAAUACUCGUAUAGGUUCCCUAAACAGGCGAUUUAUUUUCAUACAUCGCUAAAAUGAAAGUGACAAUUUUCGUAUUCUUGACUAUUCUUCAUUCAGGUUUACCCUUGUCGUGUUAUCAAUGUGACAAAGAGUUGUGCAAGAACAAUGCAACAUGGUCGGUGUUGAACGCCUGCGGUACGGCGAUUCUACCAAACAAAACCGCAAUACUCGAUCCAAACCCGGGAACCGCCAUUGACUUUCAGCAAGACGUAUUAGAGAAUUUUAGAUUGGGCGUUUGUGUGUCCGCCCAAUAUACAGAAAUCGAUGGAAAGACGUACACGGUGAAAUCUUGCAUAAUCGUCAACACAACCGAUCCAAAACCGGAGAACCAUUGCGAGACUUACCUGAACCAACCUACCCACGGACAAGUGAAGCCUUUAUACCGAAAUGUCCGUCACUGUCACAUUUGUCGCGAUAAGGACAUGUGCAACUCGGGAAAUUUAAGAGAUUUUAUGCUUUUCUUGCCCGUAACGUUUUUAUUCAAUGUCUUCUUAUUUAUUUAGAUAACUAAUGAUUAAUUUCUACUUAUGAACUUAACUUGAAAUUUUACACUAUGUUAGUUCAAUAAAAGUUUAUAGCUCA